GGCAGGCCUGCCAGGUCUAAUCAACCUCGCGAUGCUGAAUUGUGAAAGAAAUUGGCAAAUUGUUUUUAUACGGAGGCGGUCGUGAAAAUUCGGGCAUGAGGCAUGCCGCAUUUGUGACGAUCAACGAUAACGUGAUAGACUGAGUGAGUCCUGCCUUCGGGAUGUGCGAUAAAGUCUGGGAGCCCUUAGCCGAAAUCUACAUCGCGGAGUCCACUGAUCCCGAUGAUUACAUUUAUUGUCUUUGCAGCAGAGUAUUUAUUCGGAGUCCUGAGGUUUAUACAGCCUUAGCUUCAGAAGAUGCCAGUGAAGGAGAAGAUGUUGAUGGAGAUUAUGUGGGAGAGAUGCUGGAUCUUCAUAAGGGAUCUGGGAUAGAGACACAACCUAUAGAAAAGCAUGAUGAAGAACCAGUAAGCUGUUAUUGCAGUGCAUCUCACACAGAUAACAAUUACUCUACAGACGAACAUGACUCCGUACGUGAUUCGACUCACUGGCCCACUGCACAUUCCCUGACUCAGAAACUGGGUCUGCAUCAAUCAGAUUCUGGUGCAGAUCUAUCCGAAUAUCAUGAUCAGCACGAGGCAAAAAGUAUACAGAAUCUUGUAGCAUCUUAUGGAAAAACUUUCCAAACUGCAGAGACUGAGAUUGAAAAUGAUUACAAAAAUACGGAUAUGCUAACUGAAUACAAACAUGUAUCAGGUGACAAGGAAUCAAUGGCACAAAGUUUAUCAGACAGUACUACUAUAUCAAAUAAAGAAGCACACAACAAAGAUCUCACACAAUAUGAUUGUGAUUCUUACACUUAUCCCUAUUCUACAUAUUAUGGAAGUAAUAAAACUGCAAUGGAUAUAGCCUGGGAAAAGUUUUGGGGUCAAAAUGGAGAGCAAUUAAUAUGGGCAUCUUGGAUCGAAAAAUAUGCGGAUUACAUAAAUCCUGAUUAUUUUCAGAAUAAUACAAAUGCAGUGGAAAAUGAAAUCUCACAAGAUGUAGAAAUUAAUGAAGAGAGAAAAUACUUUGAGCAAAAUACAUGUUUUCCGAAUCAAGCACACAAAAAUUGCGAAUUUUUACGUUCCAACUUUACAGGAAUUUUCAAUAAAAGUUAUUCAAGCGAUGGCGAAUUAAAACCAGCAGGAGUAUCUUCUUCGAAUACCAGUUUUUCAUUUGAACAGACGAGCAGACAAGAGAUUAAUGAUAAAGAUGCGGACGAAAAUAGGAAGAAAAUUAUCAAUUUUGAAAUAUCGCCGGAAGAUGGUGAGGGCUGGAAUCCUUUAAGCCCAUUCAGUAUAGAAGAAAAUUAUAAUCAACAAUCUAAUGCAGAAGACGAGAGAUUAUUAACGAGAUGCGAUUCCACUAAUGGCUCGAUAGCGAAAACAAACGCGACUUCCGAUUCCAUGACAAAUGUCACCAAAAUGACGCUAACUAGCUCUAGUUGCGAUUCCAAUUCUGUUCAUUCGUCUAGUCUCAUUACUUCCGUUACGAGUUCUAUAGAAAGUAGUAUAACCAGUAGUUCCGAUCAAGAGAAUGAACUCUCAGUGGAAGAUAACGAUAAAUAUUGGCAGCAUCUGUGGAAGGAAAAUUUUCAGAUGCAAUAUCAAAAGCAGUAUGAAUUAUUCAUAGCAAAUUAUAAAAAGAAGCACAAUAUAGAUAAUGAUCAGUAUUUUAGUAUGUUAAAUGAAUCAAUUGGGGAUUCAGUUGUACUUCAACAAGAUGAAACGCCACUACAAUAUCCACAAGAGGACAUAAAUAAUCAGGAAUUCUCAGAGACUGAUAUUUAUGAAGACGAAAAGGACAUGAGCACAAACGUACAAAUUGACAUAACUACAUCAAGUAAAGCUAAUUCAUUUGGAAAUAAAAACGUGAAAAGGAACAACGCACACUCAAAAUCUAACAAAUUGAGGACAGAAAGACUAAUUAUGGAUUCAGUGGGUACGCUUAUAAAAAAUCUAUCAAUAAAAACACAAGAUGAAUCUAUCGAUGCUGCCGAGGAUGAAAAUAUAUGUGAAGAGCAACAACAGAUCCACACUCAAGCUACAAUAAUUACUCAAACCAAAACGGAAACGAUGGCUUCCAGUAGCGAUAUCAAUAGCAGUCAUCAACAAAAAUCUCCUGAUGGAGGAGAUGAAUCUUUUCAUGGAGAAGUUCAAGAAAUUUAUCAAGAAAGCCACGAAGACUCUGACUCUAACGAUAAUGGAGAUGGUUUAGAAUCCGUGAAAAGAGCCUUUUCACUAUUGGGUUACGGCUUAUGUGAAGAUGAAAGCCAUAGAAAAUUACAAGGUGAAGUUGUUUACCGGAAACGUAAUAUUAGGCGACAAAGUUUUCAAUUGAUGGCAGAACUUAAGCGGUUGAAAACUAUGUAUAAAACUACCAUUGAUAGUCAACAGACCAUCAGAGAUACAAAUAAGGCAAACAAGUCUUUGUCUUGUGAUUCAUCAUCGGUGUCUGCAGAAACUGAUGUACAGUUAAUAGACAAAGGUUCCUAUGCAAAAGCACAAGCUAUGUUUACAUCAAGUUCUGAUGAGGAAGAUUAUAUAAAAAUGAUGCAAAAGAAAAAAAAGAAGAAACAAGUUAAAAGAUUAAAUAAAGCUAUUCCAAAAGAAAUAGCAAGUGAUUAUAAACUAUGGAAAUAUUAUAUCAAGCGAUUUGGUCUCUUCAGCAGAUAUGAAGAUGGAAUUAAAUUAGAUCGUGAGAGCUGGUUUUCUGUCACACCUGAAGAAAUAGCAAAAGACAUAGCAGAAAGAUGCAGGUGUGAUACAAUUAUUGAUGCAUUUUGUGGUGCAGGCAGCAAUGCUAUUCAGUUUGCGUUCACAUGUGAAAAAGUGAUUGCUAUUGAUAUCGAUCCCAAUAAAAUCAAGAUUGCUCGGCACAAUGCAGGAAUUUAUGGUGUAGAAGAUAGGAUAGAAUUCAUUGUUGGAGAUUUCCUGCAAUUAGCGCCACGUUUAGUUGCAGAUGUUGUAUUUUUAAGUCCACCAUGGGGUGGUCCUGAUUACAUAAAGAAGAAAGUAUUCGAUCUCGAAAGUAUUUUGCCUCCCAUUGGUGGAACUAAUAUAUUCAAAGCAGCAAAGGGAAUUACACAACACGUGGCCUAUUAUUUACCUAAAAAUUCAUCUGCUCUACAGAUUACCAUGUUAGCUAAUAAGUAUGACAAGGUGGAAAUUCAACAAAACGUGCUCAAUGGGAGGUUUACAGCUUGUACAGCUUAUUAUGGUGAAUUGCCCAAGGUGUAAUUUAAAAAAAAAAAGGAAAAGAAAUCUUAUUCAGUUCAUUUAAUUUUUCAGUUUUUACUUGAUAUUUUAUCAAACUCAAGACUUUGAUACACAUUUUUCUUCAAUCAAAAAUAUUUUAUAAUUGUAUUAUGAAACGUAACACUUGAAAGGCUAAUGUAAUUUACAUUUUAUGACUUUGAGUAUUAAUUUACGUUUUUUAUGUACACUUCCAUAAUUUUAAUUAUUAAUAAAUAUAUUUCCAA